GGAGAGGAAAAUAUAACGUUUAAUUUUUACUACAUCGCUAUCUCUGGUCACAGGGAGGAAAAUCCUAAUGAAGAUAAAACGAUGUCUUUAAGUAGCUGCUGGAAGGACUGAGAGUAAAGGAUAUAACAGAAGAAUUGGAAGGUAGAGAAAAUAAAAGGAUAAACGCGAAGGGGGGGAUACAGCAUCACAAAGACUCAAUGAAAGGUUUUUGAGGAACCAAAAUUAUUUAGUGGGGCUGAAGCUUCCAACAUCUUUUGGAUGAGAAUUGAUCCCCACUUUUAUUGUACAGAAUAUUGGGGCGACCCCCCUCGUUAUAUCCGAUUUUCGUGCGUCGCCGUAUUCUCUUUUUCUUGGUUGGGGAUUUUUUUCUUAACUUGCGUCGCGAGCCAUCGCGGUAUACGCAGUGACAGAUAAAUUAUUUUUGCAACAUUUAUCAACCGGUUAAAAUCGCGUACAAUCAUUCGUUGGAUUUUGAAAACAGGCUACUUAAUAUUUGAUCGCGAGACAGCGAGCUUUAUACUUCGCAAAAACGUCCGCUGGUAAUGAAACUAGCUUAACGACUAAUUGGAUCAAACUGAUAUUAAUUAGCUCGAUGUGCAAUUUCGGUAAACGUGGCAUUUUUAUAAAAAUUAACAUAGUGGUGAUUAUCGGGAAUGCACAUCGCUGUAACUACACAAUCAAGGUGGUUGCUUAAAGCAAUGAUUAGAGAUUUUUGAUAAUAUUUCGAAACCAAUUUCUUGCAUUCUGCCUAUGCAGAGGGGCGCCCGAUCCAACUUGGAUGGACGCAUGAACAAAUGUUCGACAUAUCAAUAGCUCGUAUUCCAGAAAUCUGCAUAGAAAUUGCAUUCUGUUUGUGAAACAACAAGUAUUAAUGCAGUAUGCAAUUUCUUCAUUGCAAUGAAGUGUUAACCACCGAUACCAGGGCGGCACAGGACAGUUUUUUGUUUUUUUUACAUACUUCAGAAGUGAUCGGCCAGCCUACUCAUACGCGCCAUGGUAUUAUAUUUCAGCAGUAAUGCACGUGUAUGCUAUUUAUCGCACGAAACAAGACUGUAAACUAAGGUCUGUUAGUUUGAUCCGACUAUUAUUCACUAGAUUUGGAAGAUUAAUGACUACAAAAAGCGAGAUAGAUAAUGCAUUGGGAGUCGUGUCAUUUUUGUUGUAGGUCGUGGGAGUGCUUAGUGACUUAAAGUUGGAAGACUAGGUUGCAGUCUUGGGCUAUUGUACCAACAGUUGACAUUUUCUUUUUCAGUUUAAACCCCAGUGUCCGUUCCACAAUUGCAAAAGGCGUGAUACUUGUUUGCAAGUGAAAUUCACUACAAUAUUCGGUGGUGGAGAUUUCGGGAGUUUUUCCACUCACUUUUCACUGGAUAUCUGGACACACAGAAAUACGGAUGGUGAUGCUGGGAACGAACUGCAUUGACUGCAAUGGGAACUCGGUGCAAAAGACGGAUUUACCCUCUGACGGGAUUUUCAUUACCAUUGCAUGAGGCGAACCCCUGAACGUAGAUAUCGGGGUGCAUUUGGGUUGCAUUCCUUAUCGUGUUUCCCAUCUAGCCUCACGCGCUACGACGCCCUAGCUCAGCGCAACAGAACUGAACUCUUGAUUUCACCGCCGACUAUGGCGGAAAAGACUGAUACAGCCAUGGAGGAUAAGUCUUGGGACAAUCUCCCAGUUGCCGAAGAGGCUACGUGAGUUUGUUUGGAGCCUGGAUGCAUAUGUCUUUUACCGACACCACAUUCCCUUGUCCUGCUCUACUCGGAACGAUCUAAUCUAGCUAUAACGUUAGAUUUUCUUUAAUAAUCCGAGAGGGGAAGGGGAUUGAUACACUGGGUCUUGUUUAAAAGCAAAUCAAGAGCAAGAACGAGAUUGUAGCUACAAGGCUAUCCUCCAUCUACUCCGCAACGGAGGGGAACAGAUUAAAAACGUUUGCAGAACGGAAUUGCCCAAUUACCCCUGAAGAACUCGAACAAGGGGAACCGUCUGUCCUUUGUGGAUACAUAUUUUUUUGUUAUUCGUGAAAAAAAUAUGGCCGAUAAUGUUCUGGACUCCGGCCCGCCUUCAGCCAAGAGGCCUAAACUAUCCUCACCGGCUCUCUCUGUCUCCGCCAGCGAUGGAAAUGAUUUCGGUUCCCUUUUCGACUUGGAGCACGACCUGCCUGAUGAGCUCAUCAACUCCACGGAUCUGGGCUUGCCUAACGGCGGAGACCUCAGCCAGCUCCACACCAGUCUAGGAGGAGGGGGCGGCGGCGGGGCCACGGGGGGCGGCGCUGGCCAGGAUGCCGCCGCCAAACACAAGCAGCUCUCGGAGCUCCUGCGUUCCGGGGCACCUCUGCCAACCACCUCUGCCAACGCCGCUGCCUCCAUGGGGCUCCUGGGAGGGCUGAAUGCCGCCGCCUCGGGCCCCCAGCACUCUUCACAGCAGCAGGCGGGCAUGAUGCAGCAGCAGGCUGGCAUGGUGGGCGGCCUGAACAGGGGCAUGAUGGGAGCCCAGAAGGGCAACGGCCAGCAGCCUGGCAUGAUGGGCGGCGUGCAGGUGAUGAACGGCUCGCCCAGGAUGGGCUACCCGAACCAGGGCAUGGGAAACAACAGCAACAUGCUGGCAGACACGCUGCAGCAGCAGCAGCAGCAGCAGCAGCAGCAACAGCAGCAGGGUGGGCCACAGAUGGGCCAUGCUGGCAUGCGGCCGCAGCAACCAGGAGCGAUGAACAAGAUGGGCAUGAUGCCGAACGCGGGGCCGUAUGGUGGACCCUACGGCCAGACUGCCGGUCAGGUGAUGGGUGGCGGGCAGCUUCAAAACAAAACGGCGCUGCCCAACAGCCUCGCCCAGUUUAGCAUGGACAAGAAGCCCCAGCCCGUGCAGGGAAUGGCCGCCAUGGCCUCCCAGCAGGCAUCAGCAGUUGGGUCUGGAGCGGUGGGUGGUGCAGCGGGCCCUGCCGGUGCCCAGGCGGGCCUGAGCUCUAUGGCCUCGGCCCCGGGCGGUGCGGCGCCCCCAACCGCCGACCCGGAGAAGCGCAAACUCAUUCAGCAGCAGCUGGUGCUCCUGCUGCACGCGCACAAGUGCCAGCGGCGCGAGCAGGCCAACGGCGAGAUGCGCCCGUGCAACCUGCCCCACUGCCGCACCAUGAAGAACGUCCUCAACCACAUGACCCACUGCCAGGCUGGCAAAUCCUGCCAGGUGGCGCACUGUGCCUCUUCGCGACAGAUCAUCUCUCACUGGAAGAACUGCACGCGGCACGACUGUCCCGUCUGCCUGCCGCUAAAGAACGCUGGGGACAAGCGGAACCAGCAGUCGCUCCUCGGCAGUGCCGGGCUGGGCUUGGGCCUCGGUAUGGGCAGCUCGUUAGGGGCAGUACCCGGCGGUCAGCCCAGUACCCCCAACCUCAACCCGCCCAGCCAGAUCGACCCGAGCUCCAUCGAGCGGGCCUACGCCGCCCUCGGCCUCACCUACCAGGGCAAUCAGAUGCCCGCCACGCCUCAGCAGUCGUCUCUCCCCGCCCAAGGGCAGGCUGGCGUCCGGCCCCUCAACGCCAUGGCUGGAGGAAAUCCCCUGGGUGUGAACGGUGGCGUGGGGGGCCAGUCCCCCGGCCAGCAGGCCAACCUCCUCCAGGACCCCAUGCUGCUGCACAGGAACAUGAACUCGCAAAGUUUAAUGAACGACGUGGGCAACCUGGGGUCCAUGCCUAUCGCCACGCCACCCUCGGUCGCAGGCAUGAGGAAGAGCUGGCAUGAGGACAUCACCCAGGACCUACGCAACCACCUUGUGCACAAACUAGUACAGGCCAUCUUCCCCACCCCGGACCCUGCUGCACUGAAGGACCGGCGCAUGGAGAACCUGGUGGCGUACGCGCGGAAGGUGGAAGGGGACAUGUACGAGUCGGCCAACAGCAGGGCGGAAUACUACCACCUCUUAGCAGAGAAGAUCUAUAAGAUCCAGAAGGAGCUGGAGGAGAAGAGACGAACUCGCUUGCAGAAGCAGGGGAUGAUGCCCAAUCAGCCUGGCAUCAUGCCGCCGUCGAACCUGCCCCCUGGCAUGGGCCAGUCUCCUCUGGGCCCCGGGCAGUCUCCUCUGGGCCCCGGGCAGUCUCCCAUCUCAGCUUACGAGUUUCUUAUGACUCUCUCUGGCUGUGUCUCCUCAGACGGACCCCACGCCCACGCCGACCCCGCCCUCGCCCUCCCGCCCACGGGACCCAAUCAGAUGGUGGUGAACCGAAUACAGAACCCCGCAGCCAUGAAUCAGUUCGGCCAGAUGGGGAUGCCGGGAGUCGGGCCGAGGUCGACGCCCCCUCUACCCAUGGGAGGCCCACUCAAUCAGAUGGGUCGGGGAAGCCCCAGGAUGGGUCAGCCCAACGUGUCCCAGCUGCAGAAUCAGUACCUCCCGUCUGGGCAGUUCCCCGGCUCCAGUGCCGGCCUCAACACGGGCCCAGUGGGUAUGGGCCAGUCGGGACCGCAGCAGCCUGGCAUGAAUCAGGCUCAGAUGCCCACCCCGACCUCUCUGCCCACCGUGGGCAGCCCAGUGGGGCAGCCUGGCUCAGUGUCCGGGGCGGCGGGCCCGGGUCCUGGGGCACCACCUGUGGGCUCCAUGCUGCCGGGUAGUGUGCCCGGUGGUGGUGCCCCCUCCGGCAUGACGCCGUCCUCUCAGCCCAACUCGCACGGGCACUGCCCACCACCUAUGCGUCAGAGCUCGCCCUCUCCGGCGCGCAGCCUCACCCCGACCCCUCACCCCACGACCCCCGCCCACCCGGGCUCGCAGACCCCCCAGCCCCACACGCCAAACCCGCCUGCCAUCACACCGUCGGCACCGCAGCAGCAGCAGCAGCAGCAACAACAACAACAGCAACAACAGCAACAACAACAGCAGCCACCCAUGGCUCAGUCAAAGGGGCAAGGGCUGGGCGGGGAGAAAGUCAAUCAGCAGCAGACGCUCGGGGGCGGUGCCUCGACAGCGUCUCUGCCCCCUCAGAACUCCCACAUGCCUUCCCAGCACCCACGCACACCGCUCUCCCAGAAGUCCUCCCUGACGGCGGACGGACAGGCCUCCACGCCCGCCUCCGUCAGCAGCGUGGAUCACAGCUCCCAGCUGCCCGCCUCCUCCGACGCCCCCGCUGCCGCGCUCACGCCCAAGGUGGAGGUCAAGCAGCAGCAGGUGACGGAGGACGAGGAGGAGGCCGAGUCGGACGGGAAGCACUCGGGCAAGAUGGGCAUGAAGCACAGCAGCGAGGUUAAGUCUGAGGAGAAGCCGGAGGUGAAGAAGGAGGAGCCCUCUGACGGCUGUAAGGCGGAGCCUAUGGAGACGUCAGUCACGGCCAGCGAAGACAGGAAGCCGGAGAUGAAGAUCGAACCCAAAGAGGAAGAGGAGGGGUCAGGCGUCGCCGGUGCCAACAGCAGCUCCCCUGCGAGCGCCCAGAGCAAGAAGAAAAUCUUCAAGCCGGAGGAGCUUCGGCAGGCGCUCAUGCCUACCCUGGAGGCCCUGUAUCGGCAGGACCCCGAGUCCCUGCCCUUCCGUCAGCCCGUUGACCCCCAGUUACUGGGAAUACCCGUACGUAUUCGAACUAGUAACAAAACUAACCUGGACUACUUUGACAUCGUCAAGAACCCCAUGGACCUGUCCACCAUCAAGCGUAAGCUGGACACGGGCCAGUACCAGGAGCCUUGGCAGUACGUGGAGGACAUCUGGCUCAUGUUCAACAACGCCUGGCUCUACAACCGCAAGACGUCCCGCGUCUACAAGUACUGCUCCAAGCUGGCCGAGGUGUUCGAGCAGGAGAUCGACCCCGUCAUGCAGGGCCUGGGAUACUGCUGUGGGAGGAAGCUGGAGUUUUCCCCCCAAACCCUCUGCUGCUACGGGAAGCAACUGUGCACCAUCCCCCGAGAUGCCGCCUUCUUCAGCUACCAGAACAGUUCACCCAAAUAUGGGCUUAUUGCUGACAGGUACCACUUCUGUGAGAAGUGUUUCAACGAGAUCCAGGGCGAGAGCGUCUCCCUGGGCGACGACCCCUCCCAGCAACAGACAUCCAUCAACAAAGAGCAGUUUCAGAGGAAGAAGAACGACACGCUGGACCCUGAAUUACUUGUUGAAUGUACUGACUGCGGUCGUAAAAUGCAUCAGAUUUGCAUUCUGCACAACGACACAAUUUGGCCAGCAGGCUUUGUGUGUGACAGCUGCCUCAAGAAAUGUAAUAAGACGAGAAAGGAGAACAAGUAUGCGGCCAAAAGACUGCCCCAGACCAAGUUGGGCGGCUUCCUUGAGAUGCGGGUCAACGACUACCUGAGGCGGAACAACCACCGGGACCUGGCACCGAACACGGGCGACGUCACGAUCCGCGUGGUGCAUGUCUCGGACAAGGUGGUGGAGGUGAAGGCGGGCAUGAAGGCCAGGUUUGUGGACAGCGGUGAGAUGUCGGAAUCCUUCCCCUACAGAACCAAAGCUCUCUUUGCCUUCGAGGAGAUCGACGGCGUGGACGUGUGUUUCUUUGGCAUGCACGUGCAGGAGUACGGCUCCGACUGCCCACCACCCAACCAGAGGCGAGUGUAUAUCUCCUACCUGGACAGUGUGCACUUCUUCCAGCCUCGACACCUGAGAACGGGAGUCUACCACGAGAUCCUGAUCGGGUACCUGGAGUACGUGCGGAGGCAAGGGUACACGACGGGGCACAUUUGGGCGUGCCCACCCAGCGAGGGUGACGACUACAUCUUCCACUGUCACCCCAUGGACCAGAAGAUCCCCAAGCCCAAGCGGCUGCAGGAGUGGUACAAGAGGAUGCUGGACAAGGCCGUCACGGAGCGCAUCGUGCACGACUACAAGGACAUCUUCAAGCAGGCCACUGAUGACCGAAUGACCAGCGCCAAGGAGCUGCCCUACUUCGAGGGGGACUUCUGGCCCAACGUGCUGGAGGAGAGCAUCAAGGAGCUGGAGCAAGAGGAGGAGGAGAGGAAGAGGGAGGAGAACAGCACCUCCAGCGAGAGCAUCGAUGCAACCAAAGGGGACAGCAAGAACGCCAAGAAGAAGAACAGCAAGAAGACGAGCAAGAACAAGAGCAGCUUGAGCCGAGCCAACAAGAAGAAGCCAGGCAUGCCCAACGUGUCGAAUGACCUCUCUCAGAAGCUCUACGCCACGAUGGAGAAGCACAAAGAGGUGUUCUUCGUGAUUCGGCUAAUCGCUGCCACCGCCAACUCCCUGCCGCCCAUCGUGGACUGUGACCCGCUGAUGGCGUGCGACCUGAUGGACGGGCGCGACGCCUUCCUGACGAUAGCGCGGGACAAGCACCUGGAGUUCUCCUCGCUGCGGCGUUCCAAGUGGAGCUCCAUGUGUAUGCUGGUGGAGCUGCACAACCAGAGCCAGGACCGCUUCGUCUACACCUGCAACGAGUGCAAGGGGCACGUGGAGACCCGCUACCACUGCACCGUCUGCGAGGACUACGACCUCUGCGGCAAAUGCUACCACAUCAAGGGCCACGAGCACAAGAUGGAGAAGCUCGGGCUCGGCCUGGACGACGAGAGCAACAACGCGGCCGCCGCCUCUUCGCAGAACCCCAGCGACUCGCGCCGCCUGAGCAUCCAGCGCUGCAUCCAGUCGCUGGUGCACGCCUGCCAGUGCCGCAACGCCAACUGCUCGCUGCCCUCGUGCCAGAAGAUGAAGCGCGUGGUGCAGCACACCAAGGGGUGCAAGCGCAAGACCAACGGCGGCUGCCCCAUCUGCAAGCAGCUCAUCGCGCUCUGCUGCUACCACGCCAAGCACUGCCAGGAGGCCAAGUGCCCCGUGCCCUUCUGCCUGAACAUCAAGCACAAGCUGCGGCAGCAGCAGCUGCAGCACCGGCUCCAGCAGGCGCAGAUGCUGCGCAGGCGCAUGGCCACGAUGCAGCGGUCCGGCCAGCCCGGCCCGCCCGGCCCCGGCGGCGGCCCACAGCCUGGAGGACUCCCGUCCCCGGGGGGGAACAACAACAACGGCACCACGGGACCCAGCACGCCCACGUCGGUAGGCACCCAGCCACCCACCCCACAGACCCCCACACAAACCGGCAUGCCCGCCUUGCCCCUUGCCGCCGGGGUGGGCGGUGUUCCUGGAGGACCCCCUGGAGGACAACAGCAGCAACUGCAGCAGCAGCAGCCGAUGCCCCAGCAGGGUGGCAUGGCCCAGCAUCCUCUGCACCAUCAGUUCCAGCAGAUGCCUGGCGGUGGUGGAGGAGGCGGCAUGUUGACUUCCACACAGCAGCAGAUGGCCAUGCAGCAGCAACAACAGCAACAGCAGCAGCAGCAGCAGCAGCAGCAACAACAGCAACAGCAGCAGCAGCAGCAGCAGAUGCAACAUCCCAACAGCAUGGCUCCCUACGGGCCGAGAGCCCCCGGCUCUUCCCCUCGUGCCCCUCAAACCCAGGGCAAACCAGGCCUUGGCCCAGCCACUCCGCCACAGCAACAGCAACAGACGCCCCCACAUCUGCCCAACCCCGGCCAGCCACCCAGCAUAUCCCAGCAGCAGCAGCAGCAGCAGCAGCAGCAGCAGCAGCAGCAGCAGCAGCAGCAGGCUCCGUCGGGGCCGCCCCAGGCUGCCGUGGAGAUCGCCAUGAAGAUCCAGCAGGUGGCUGACGCCCAGAGGAAGAUGGCCCAGGCUCAGAUCCUGCAGAGGCAGGCCAACCAGGGCGGCAUGAUGCCCGGGCAGCACCCGCACCACCCCCAGCAGCAGGUCCCUGGUGGUCAGAUGGGGAUGCCCACGCAUCCUGGCGUGGGUAUGGUGGGGGCCCAGGGCCUGCCCCCCCAGGCCCAGGCUGCCGCAGCAGCAGCUAGGGCUCACCUGGAGCAACAACAACAACAGCAACAACAACAACAGCAGCAGCAACAACAGGUACCACCUGGCAUGAUGGUGGGCGCCGGCCCCAUGCAGCAGCAGGGUCAGCCCCUGCAGCCCAACCCCCAGCUGACCCCGCAGGUGCCCCUCCAGCCCAGGGGGGGUCCCCAGCAGCAGCAGCAGUGGGCCGUCGGCCAGGGCAUGCCACCCGGGCAAAGGCCAGGUAUGAUGGGCCAGAUGGCACAGCCGGGGAUGGUGUCUGCACAGCAGCAGCAGCAGAUGCAGCAGCAACAACAGCAGCAGCAACAACAGCAGCAGCAGCAGCAGAUUCCCGGCGGGCGCAACCCUCUGAUGAGCAUGCAGGGGGGCGGCGCGAGUGGCAGCGCGGGCGCGGGCACAGGGAACUUCCCCCAGGGGGCGCUGCAGGACCUGCUCCGGACACUGCGCUCGCCGAGCUCCCCCCUCCAGCAGCAGCAGGUGCUCAACAUCCUGCGCUCCAACCCGCAGCUCAUGGCCGCCUUCAUCAAGCAGCGGGUCUACAAGUACAAAGGUGCGGUCGGCGUCGGCGGGUCAGCGCCCCCUGGUGGUGCCCAACCGGGAGCAGGAGGACCUCAGCAGCAGGCGGUUGUUCCUGGAGGAGCCAUCAUGGGCGGCCAACCGGGCACGGUCGUCGGUACGGGAGCCCCCCAAGGUGGCAUGCACUUAGGACAGGGUGUUGGCAUGCCGUCGAUAGCCCAACUGCAGCAGCAGCAACAACAACAGCAGCAGCAGCAGUUGCAACAACAACAACAACAACAACAACAGCAGCAGCAGCAACAGCGACCGAUGUUACCACAGCAAGUGGCAGCCCUGCAACAACAACAGCAACAACAACAGCAGCAGCAGCAACAACAACAACAACAACAGCAGCAGCAAGGGGGCAUCCCAGGGCAGGGCGCCUCCAUGGCCAACAUUAACCCCCAGUUCAGAGAACUCCUCCUGAGGAGGCACCUGCAGCAGCAGCAGGCCCAGCAACAACAACAACAGCAGCAGCAGCAGAUGGCAAACCACGCCCAGUUCCAGCAGCCCCAGCAGCAGCAGCAGCCCCCGCAGGGCUACAUGGGUCAGCCUGGGAGCAUGCAGGUUCCCCCUGGUGGCCAACUCCCGCCUGGCGCCCAACAGCAACAGCAGCAGCAGCAACAGCAGCAGCAGCAGCAGGCAGCUACAGCAGCGCUGCAACAGAGGCUCCAGAUGCAGCAGCAACAGCAGCAGCAGCAGCAGCAGCAGAACGCCAUGCUGCAGGGGGCUGAUGGAGGACCAGCCGGCGGAGUAGGAGGCCCACAGCAGCAGCAGCAGCCUCCUCAGCAGCCGGGCGCCCAGGGUGGUCAGGGCGGUCCCCCGCCCCAGGCCCUCCUUCAGCAAGCCCUACAGCAGCGGCUCCUUCAGCAGCAGCAGCAGCAGCAGCAGCAGCAGCAUCUGGCUGGGGGGUCUCCCGCCCACCAGCAUAGCAACCCCAUGAGCCCACAGCAACAACAACAACAACAGAUGGCCCAGUCGCCCCACCUGCAGGGACAACAGCAGCAGCUCUCCACGUCGCUUAGCAACCAAGUGCGCUCGCCGCAGCAGCAGCAGCCGUCGCCGCGGCCGCACUCGCAGCCGGCGCCGCCACACUCCAGCCCCUCGCCCCGCAUGCACUCGCAGCCGCAGCCGCAGCCGUCCCCCCACCACAUCUCACCCCAGACCGGCUCGCCACACCCCUCACACCCCUCGCACCCCGCCCACAUGGGCCAGCAGCACCACCCGGGGAUGGUGGGUCAACAGAACCCCCAACAGCAGCAGCAACAGCAGAACCCUAUGGACGGUGGCCCGUUUGGGCCGGACCAGAACGCCGCCAUGCUGUCGCAGCUGAGCGGUAUGGGGGGGCUGCACGGGGGGCCGGGGGGAGGGGGGCCGGACAUGCUGUCGGGAAAUAGCCAGGACCUUGGCGGCGGCAAUAUGAAUCACUCCUUAGACAUCAUGUAGCAUCGAGGCGCUCCCAGAACACACACACACACCUCACAGUGGGAGUGGGACAGUGUUUAUCCCAGAACACACACACACCUCGCAGUGGGAGUGGGACAGUGUUUAUCCCAGAACACACACACACCUCGCAGUGGGGGUGGGACAGUGUUUAUCCCAGAACACACACACCUCGCAGUGGGAGUGGGACAGUGUUUAGUUUUCUUUUCUUUUUCCGUUUUUUUAUCAGUGCAAAGAUUAUUAUUAUUUAAUGUUUUCAAUAUAAACACAAUGAACUGACCCUUCCUAUGGGAGACCCUACAAGAAAUCAAAAUGUCAAAAUGAAUGAAUCAAAUAAAUGAAUGGUAAGUUAUUGCUGUUAAUAUAUAUAUUUUUUCUUUUGCCAAUUGUGUACAAAGAAAAAGGGGAAUUUUUUUUUCUCCCUUAGAGAAAAACACAGGUAAUAUUUUUGGGGGUUGGGUGGAGAGGAGGGGUAUUUGCCUUUUUUAGGAGAUAUUUUUAAGAUUUUAAAAAGUGGUGAAAUAUUAAAGAGCAAAGUGAUUUAAUGCAAUGGACUUUUUAUUGUUUUCUUUUGUUUUAUUUUUCCCCUCCGGCAACCAGUCUCUGUUUUCAGUUUUCAGCAGAGUGAUGAUGUGGAGUUAUUAUUAUUAUUAAUAUUAUGAAUCCAAAACAUCAUGCAUAUCUUCCUUGUAAAGUUAUGGUUUUUGCUUUAUUUAUUUGAGUUUUCAAACGGUUUGUUUGUUAUGUACCCGGAGACUGCUUCAAUUCACAAAGAAUAUAUUUUUGUUAAAGACUGUUGAAGUGGGCCGAUGCAGGUUAGCUCCUCUGUCCAUGAUGAUGAUGAUGAUGAUGUUGUUUGGGGGGGGGAUUUUUAAUGGGAUUAUGUAUUACAGUGUUUUGGGGUGGGGUGGGG